CGCAUUUGAAAAGAAGAAAGUUCCCAUAAUAAUUUAAAAAGGGUCCAAGGACAUGGAAUCUACUAAUCUUUUUUGCUGCUGCGAGUUAUUUUCAGCCAUUAACAUUGGUCCUCAGGACAUGGAAGUAGAACAUUUAACCUUACUUGCUGGAUGUAUUAUUGAAGUGUGGAAAAAAAAUAGUAAUCUCUACUAACUAUUAAGGGCCAAAUGUAGACUGCCCCCGCCCCUGUCUCCCUACACGCUCGGCCGCGCACCCCAGCCACGUCGCGAUUCCGCCGGCGUCGCGCUGCAUCCGCGGAUUCCGCGCGCGCUCGGCCGCUCCAACCACGCCGCGAUUCCCGGCGUGCGCGACGUGCCUCCGCCUCCCCUCCGCGCAUGCGAUGCCUCUCCUCUCCCCACGCCCCUCUCACAUCCCACCCGCCCGUCCGUCUCGGCGUCCCCCGCAUCCUCCGCCGCACGCACCGCAAUACUCCUCAACGCCUCUCCUCCUCCAGAUCCCGAUGCCUAGGCUCCAUGGCUGCCCUCGUCCCUACCUCCAGUCUCUCCGCCCUCUAGCUCAAGAUCGCAAGCGCACAUAAAGCCAUGGAGCCUGCAGCCGAGGACACCACAUCUGCCAUGCCAAACUCGUGGGAGACGGCCGACAUCGAUGCUCACAUGAGCCGACUCAUCCUCUCCGCGUGUCGUGUGUCCUCCCCGCUGGACCUCGCCUUCUCCAUGAAGAAGACAGUCACCUCCGUUACCCGAGGAUAGAUCGCGGGCCGACCCGACCCCUCCAUCACCAAUCGGCGCUGGCGGCAUCUAUUCCCCACUGGAUAUGCGGGCGAGAACAUCAUCCCGGUGGACGGUGGUCAAGCGGCGGUGUCCUCGAGAAGCAGAGCCUCCGGCACAGCUCCAACCUCUUCCUUCGACUUCGACCAAAUCCAUGAACUACAGAUUCAUCCGUCGACGGCAGCCCAAUCAGGAACCAACGGACCAAUCCAUUGUUUUGCCUUUUGAGGUCCAAGACAAUAAUUUGCUGUCUUCAGAAACUUGUGUCCAUUUCCUCCUCAAAUUGUUAAACCCUCCGGUGAAUGUUGUUGAUGCCAAAGCACCAUCAAUAGGUUCCAAACUUCUUGGAAUCGGUAAAUUUCAGAUGCUUAACGGUUCCAAUAAGGAUGUGGACUCUUGUUCAGAGGACAUACUUUCAAAAGUUGAAGAAAUCCUCUUAAGCUGCAAAGAGAUCAAACCAGCAGACAGGGAUUAUAAGAGAACAACAAGGCCGGAACUAUGUUCAAAGUGGCUUGCUUUGUUGACAAUGGAAAAGGCGUGCUUGUCUGUUGUUGCAUUAGAGGAUACAUCUGACAUGGUGUUAGAACUCGGAGGAAAUUUCAAAGAAACAUUAAGGCAGUUGGGUGGCCUUGAUGAUAUUUUUAAUGUCAUGGUGAAUUGCCAUUCAGAACUGGAGGUUUGUUCAAAUACUCGUAGCCAUGGUGUUCUUUAGAAUGACAAUGCUGGUAGUCUGAACAUGAACCUGAACUGGAUCAUUUGGAAUGCAGGAAUUUCAUGGUAUAGAAAUUUCACAGGAAUUAGUUCAAAAACACAAGAAAAUUUUUCUUUGUUCCAAAGGGGCCUAAACUGUCGGCAGUGUUCAGCUUCAUGUUCUAAACUGGAGCAAGUUUCAGGUUCAGGUUACUGUUUACGAACUGGAAGAAGAUAAGCAUCAGGGUGGCGUCUCCUCAAUCCUCAGUCCGUGGUGGUGGAGAGAGAUAAAAAAAAUCAGUGCAAAUUCUUGCAGCGAUCUCAUUUCAUGGACACCAUUCGGCCAGACACAAACAGAAGAAUUCAUCAUUUCGUCUGUUGCCUUGUUGCUGCAGCAGUAGCACGCGUUGUGGACUAACAAAGUGCUGUAGAGGAAGAGGAGAGAGCGUGGAACUCAUGGCUAGGCUCAACUCAAAUAAGGCCCAACGCAAAUAAAAGCUUUGCUGGCCUUCUCCAAACACGUCAACAUGGAGUACAUUUCCCUGUUUCCUGCUACGACCCAGAAACUGGCUCAGAUCAUGGACUUGUGGUGCCGGUUCUUCGCUUAGUCGUCAGGCUCAGGCAUUCUCUGGCGGUAAACCAAACAAACCAGAAGAAUGCAACCCAGCCUGAAACGCAUACGAAGCACAGUUGAAAGAGACAGUAGUAUCGAUAAUGACAGUAACUGGUAGAGGCGGAUUUGAGACUUGGAAAGGCAUUUCGAGGACUGAAGAUGGCAACUCGCAAGCAGCAGCGGUGGCGGCAGAAGUUCUAACUACAGGCAUAAAAGUUAAUUACUGAAGAUUGCAUUGCAAAAAAAAAUGGCGAGUAACGGUAUACCAGUGGCGAUCGUGAUGGCAACGACUGUCGCGAUCGUGGUGGCCGAGAUAACGGUAUACCAGUCUGCAGCAGAACACUGCUGAAUUUGAUAUAUAGUGUGAGGUUUUUAACAGUGAAAUCUUUUCACUGCGCGAUUAUUUCUAUGUGUUCAGCAACUGAUUAUAGACACCGAUGACAUCUACUGAUCGCUGACACCGAUGACACCUACUGAUCGCUGCUGGCUGAGAUGGCAGAGCUGGAGAGCGACGAGGAAGAGGCAGACACCGAUGACACCUACUGAUCGCUCCUGCAUGCAGCUCAGCAGCUGCUCAGUCAUGGUGUCCAGUCCUUGUGCUGCAGACAUGGCGCCGCCGAGCGUCCGAGCUUAACCCGUGCGUGUGAUGACGGAUGUUGUAUUGCACUCUUUACUCUGUUUGUAUAAUAAAAGUCUGUACAGCGCUGUACAAUUGCA